AUGCUUGCGCUGGCCGUAACGGCGCAGGAUACUCCUACGGAGCUCAAGAUCGACACGACGUUCUUGCCCGAGGACUGCAAGGUCAAGUCGCAGAACGGUGACCGUCUCCAGGUCCACUACACUGGAACUCUGUUCUCGAACGGGAACAAGUUCGAUUCGAGCCGUGACCGUGGCCAGCCUCUACCUUUGAACCUCGGCGCUGGCCAAGUCAUCAAGGGAUGGGAAGAGGGUCUUAAGGGCAUGUGCGUCGGCGAGAAGCGCAUCCUCACUAUCCCUCCCAGCAUGGCCUACGGUUCCCGUGGGUUUGGCAGCGUCAUUCCCCCCAACUCUGCGCUCGUCUUCGACGUGGAGCUCGCAGGUCUGGAUGCCAAGGGCCCGCGCGAAGAGCUCUAA